GACAGCGGCGGGGAGCCCCAGAGGGGGAAAAGGGGGGCGGCCGGGCCCGCUCGCCGCACUCGCCGGGCAGCGCCAGCUCCGCGCACCGCCAUGGCUUCCCCGCACAAGGCCAAGGACGUCUUCUCCUCGGACGAGGAGGGCGCGGCGGCCGGCGCCGAGGAGCACCACAAAGUGAAGGUGUCGAGCCUGCCGUUCAGCGUGGAAGCGCUCAUGUCCGACAAGAAGCCGCCCCCCAAGGAGCCGCCGCUGCCCGCGGCCGGCGGCAGCGCCGACGGGGCGGCCGUGGGCACCUCCAGGAACCUGCUGCUGGCGGGCCACGGCUCCCGGGACGCGCACAGCCCGCCCGGGGCGCUUACAAAAACCUUCGACACCGCCUCGGUCAAGUCGGAGAACUCGGAGGACGGCUCGUCCUGGAUCCCUUCGGAGGCCGGGAGAUAUUCCCCGCCGCCAAGACACCUGAGCCCCACUGCCUGCACCCUGAGGAAGCACAAGACCAACAGGAAGCCCCGAACCCCAUUCACCACCUCCCAGCUGCUGGCUCUGGAGCGCAAGUUCCGCCAGAAGCAGUACCUGUCCAUCGCCGAGAGAGCCGAGUUCUCCAGCUCCCUCAACCUCACAGAGACCCAGGUCAAAAUCUGGUUCCAGAAUCGGAGGGCCAAGGCCAAGAGACUGCAGGAGGCCGAGCUGGAGAAGCUCAAAAUGGCAGCCAAGCCCAUGUUGCCCUCGGGGUUCAGCCUCCCUUUCCCCAUCAACUCCCCCAUCCAGGCUGCCUCCCUGUACGGCACAUCCUACCCUUUUCACAGACCUGUGCUUCCCAUCCCGCCCGUUGGACUCUACGCCACUCCCGUUGGAUACAGCAUGUACCACUUAUCCUAAGAAGAUUCGACAGACAAAGCCUCAGACAGACAGACAGACAGACAGACUUCCUGGUGGAUCCUGUCCAGCCCUGAGAAGGCAGAACCCCAACCAGUACUGGCCAUUCCUUCUGCACGCUUCUAUCUGGCAUCCUGAGUUGUCUGGGAGUUUGCUACGGGUUGGGCGUCUCCUGAGAGUGCUCUGAGCACCCAGUCUGCUCCUCAAAGCAAAAAAAAAAAACACAAAAAAAGCAUAAAAAUCAACAAAAAAAAUAUUUGUGAGUAAAUGUGUAGGGGUUUUAUCCAGUGCGGGUAAAACUGGGUUAAAAAAGAGUGGGUGAAAAAGCAAAUUUAUUAUACGGAGGCAGAAAUUCCCUGACACCUUCCUGGCAGGGCCCAAUGGGUUUAAAAUAAGAGGAGUGAGUGCCCUCGAGCCUUGCUCUAAGUUACCAUCACUUCACCUGGGGGCAGGGGGGAGGGAAAUAAAAAGGUCUAAUCGAAGUUUUGUUGUUUGGUUGUUUUUUUGAAGACAGCAGAGCCCGUAGCUAGAGACGUGUAAAUAGAAACUGGAGCCGGUAGAGUCUCAGUGAAGUUCAGAGCCAGCAAAUUCCUGCAUUUCUGGGGGGAGGGCAAAGUUUUGCAUCCCAAACCUCGGCGAGAUGAGCAGCAGGGCCCCUAAAUGUAGAGCCCAGCUUUGCCCAGCGUGGCUCCUGUAAUGCCUUUCUGUGUAUAAAUAGCUUCAGCCUUUGUAAAGCACUGGCAGGGGAGGUGAAGAGCAAGGGAGGGUUCUUAGGCACGCUGGGUUUUAUCUCUUCCUAUUGGCAUGCUUAGAAAUUUUUGGCUGCAGCCAGGUAAUCUUGGCUCUGCAGUGCUCUUGGAAAAGCUGGAGAGAGGGGAGAAAGACGUGGGUUGUUCCCAUAAAGGAUUGUUGAAUCCUUCUGGGGGAUGUUAUGGGGUUUUUAUUAUUUGUAUUUGCCACAGCUUGUGUUAAAGAGAAGAACCCUGUGAGUUUUCUUCCUUUCUGAGGAUGCCAAUAGAAGUGACUCGUGCUUUAAGCCCUUCUAAAGAGAGAUCCGGGUGUCACAAUCAGCCCCACGAGCAGGACAGAGGUGAUAGAGACUGUGUGACCUGCCUGUCCCCGUGGGAGCUCUGGCAGCAGCUUCCCCAGGCUUCUCCUUGUAACUCUUGUAUUAUUUGUAUUACUCUUGCUAAACUUUAUGAGGAAGUUACUCCCAAGGCUGUGGAGCACUGAAGUCAGAGCUUCUCCCUGGAUUUAUUUUCUUAGCAUGCUGUUGUGGAGCAAAGAAAUGAAACAAAAAAAAAAAAAAAAAAAAAAAAAAGAGAAAAAAUCAGAAAACAAAAAUUGGGAAAAAAAAAAAGCCACGAGGUUUUGCUGGUUUUGGUUUGUUUUGACCCAGGCAUUGAUGCUGCCUGGGACCCACUAUAGAUGAACUUCCUCUCUCCCUUCCCCUCACCCCUGAUCUCCCAUUAGAGGAGAAUCCCUUUGAAAGGGAUGCCUUGUACAAUUUUAUAUAUUUUAUGGAAGAUUUAUUAUUUCUUAUCUCUUAUUUCGAAUUAAAUUAAAAAAGAAAAAACA